AUGACCGAGAACUCGGUUGCCCAGUUUUCUAGGCUUGCCAGAGAACUCCUAAACGUUCGCUCAGAAGAAUGGAACACGACGAGAAUAUCUAACAAAACCCGUCUUUCCUCGUUCCUCUUUUUUCUUCGAAAUCGCGGCCAUGAGCUCCUUCAAAAAGUCGUCGACGAGAAAGAAUCCGUAAACGAUCCAGAAUUCACCGAUUUGAUCAUUCACACGGUAGUUUGUCUCUGUCGACUGCCGGUGAAGAAUCUGCCACAGCUUGAGCCGCGGUUGGAAAGACGAAAUCGGACUAUAAGUAAAUCCCAGCGAAAGAAAGAGUCGAAAAAGGGGAUAUGCGAAAAACGACCGAUGAUCAAGCCGUUUCAUCGAGUCCUCCAAAGCGCUUUGGAAGAAAGUGACUGCGAGCACGAUUACAGUCUGAUUCUAGCGAAUUCUACGCAAAUCAUCCAGCGCGUUUCCUACCAGGGGAUUCUUUACUUGCGUCCGAUUUCAGAUCUUCUGAGGAAUUUGGCGGCUGCGCAUGGAGAUCGUGUGAAAAUUGCUUAUUUGAUUGCGCUUUUCAGCAACUUGAGAGAACAAAUAGCAUGCGACAGAAUCGUGGUAGAAGAUGGAUCGCAAACGGUGAAAAUGAUGAUGGAACUGCUUUCGCUUGCGAAGCUGCUGUUGUUGGACGGAGAAGACAAUCUUGGAUUGAAUGUGAUUUUGAUCAUGAUUAAUGUCCUGCGAAGAGUGCAACUUGAUCAUUUAUUCUCUGCUUCCUGGAGUUACAUGCUCAAUUUGAAACUGCUGGAACUGACUCCGUUAUCGAAAUUUACGAAUAUUCCGCUUUUGAAAGAUGUCUUGGAGCAAAUACACUCGGCUGAACUAAUUUUACGCAGGAGAAUCAAUUCAAUACUUUCUGGGAACACUCGAGCAAGUGCAGUCUUUCCCGUCCAGCAUUGGAAUGGUGAGCAUGCUGAGAAACAAUUCUCCCUCGCUCUUCAGACCAAAGAUCUUUCUCCAGAUCAAGCCAGCGACAUUUGCCUAUUCGCCAAGUUCACGAAAGCGAUGCUUGUUCUCAUCAACAUUUGCUCAACAGAACUGCUCGAUUUCAUCAAAAACCUUCUUUCCCAAAGUUUCAACUGCUGCUGCCUGACCACCGCCGACAUCUUCUCCAAAAUAAGCGAACAGCGAUUUUCAUUCCUUCCAUAUUUACUAGCCCGCUGCGAGCAGCCUAAGUGCCCUAGAUGCGUCACAAGAGAUUCCAAGAUCUGGGCUCCUCUUUCACAGUACACUUAUUCUAAAAUCAACUCUGAGGAAGAACGAGUCAACUAUUUCACAACAAUUCAUCAUUUAACUUCUGUCCUGCCGAAAAACGCCAACCGACUUUUGCUCGACUAUCUGCUCCUUCCGAUUUUAUCGCAAAACCUCGACCAACUCGGCCGAUCAACCGAAAAUGAAUCAAAACUUCAAUUAAUACUCGAUUCCAUUGGAAACACUUUAUCAUCAAUCACAUUUGCGCCGCUGGGACUUUUCAAAACCUUCUUGAAAAUGCUCAAGAAAGUCGACGUAGAAGGGACAAAAAUGGUGCUUCCAAUACUAACGUCCUCGAUGAAAGUCAGCACGUCGAAUCAAGUCGAAUCCCUUGAGCAGCAAAAGCUGGCCAAAGAGAUCAUUCUCAUUUUCUGCAGAAGCACUAAGGCAGUUCUUAUCGACGACGUUGGAAAUUUAAAAAUGGAAAAUGAUCAGCCCGUUCUCAAUCCGUCCGAAGCUCUCCUCACUACCGACUGUUUGUUUUAUUUGACCCAACUCUACGAAGGAAUAGCGCACAGCGACUUGUUGCGGAAGACUGUAUUCAAAAAUUUGCAGUUGAAAGAUGUUAUCAAAACCCUUCUUGCGCAGAGCAUUUUUCUAGUUGGUGAUCCGAGCAUAGCGAUAAACGCCGCGGGAGACUCGAGUUAUAUCUGCAUUCCGAAGCAUCAUUCGAUGCCGCUUACAACGAGGAUGGAAAUUUUCAGCGUUCUUCUUGGCCUCUACACAUUUUUCACAAGCCACUGUCAUCUUCAAUGGCCGACAUUCGAAACUGCUGUUUUACCAGAAAUCGCCAGUGAUUUUGUGAGCAACACGAAGCAUCUCAAACUCCAAGUCAUAAACAAUCUAACAAAAGUUCUCGAAGCGUCGCUGGAGCCAAAGCUGAAGAGCACGAAAAAGAGUCCUCGCAAAAAUCAUCGAAGAAACAGAUCCAUCAUUCUUGAUCUUUCUGCUAUUGAAUCUUCAGAAGCUCCACUCACUAGAUCUCCUCCUCCAGAAACCGUCAAAACAAAGAAUACAAGGACCGUUAUAUUUCCUUGUAUUAUCAAGUUCGUAUUCACCAUUUUCGGGCUUUUCUGGGAAGAUCAAAACUCUACUGAAGAACUACCUGGGCUUAUCCCUUUACUAGAAAAUGUACUGUCACUUCUUCACAGCCAAAAGAACGUUGAAAUCUGCGCUAAGCACAAUGUCCUUCUACUUGUUCUCCAAAAGUUCGACUUUCUUCUGGACACGGAAGAUAAUUCUAAGAUCACAAAACUCAUGCUCGAGCUCUUCUCAAAAUCCUCACGCCACUAUGUUUCACCUGCUGCACUCCAACUCGUGCUCAACAAGCUCACGCGCCCUAAACCACCCAUCACCGACAUCACAACUUGCCUCAAAGACCUCUUCGAAACAACCUCAAAAGUCUACGCCUCAAUGCAAAUUCCGAUCACUAUCGACAAGAUUUACAAUAAUCUGUUUGACAUAAGCGAGCUUCAUGACAACGAUUCCAACGAGUCUCUUACUUCUUCAGAUAAUGGGCUAGUCAUUCUUCAAGAAGAAAUUUACGAUCUUAACUUCAUGAAUGGAACUCACAUUGCUAGCUUUGGAGAGAGUGAUUAUAUGCUGCAACUUUGGAUCGAAGGAAGCAAAUUCCAGCUUCGAAUUGUCACUGAUAAUAGAGAUGGAAAACCACCAGGAAUUCUCGCGAAACAGGAGGUAGACAUCGAGCUGAAAAAGGGUCGCUGGGAUCAUGUGAGCUUCUCUGCGAAAGAAACCCGCGCAGCUUUGAAAGGCCAUUUUGCCUUCGAGGUCGUCAUUCAACUAAAUUUGGCGACUGUUUUUGAAACAAGCAUAGAAUUCCCACAGCUCGCGAAAACUCGAAAAUCCCUCCGCUGGCAAACCAUGCAGUGGGUCUUUGGUGACUCCCGAAGAGAAGAAGCGAAUGAAGUCUUUGAAAACACAUUGAGAGUUUCUGGCUGUAAGAUUUUCCGCGGGCGAUUGAUGGCUGACGAAAUCAUAGCUCUCUAUCUUCUUGGCCCGGACAACCAAGACCUCACUCUCACCACUGGCGAUGAAAGCACAAGUCCGUUCAACCCAUCAAUGACAACUUUUCAACAUGAGUUCCUCAAAUAUAAUAUCGAGGUGGAAAAUAUUGACCUGGAGCAGUCUCUUACAUUUCGUCCGAACCUAAAUGUUCUUCGCGAGAAGAUAUUUCUAUCAUGGAAUGCUAAAUCACCCGAAUCGCUUUGGCUCUUUGGACCUGUCUCAAAUAAGGGAUCUCUCUUCCAGUCACAAAAAGCGGAGCCAUUUCAGCCUAUAAGUCAAAAAGCCCGAGUCAUCAGAGCUCCACUUCUUCAAGGUCAAAUCCGAGCAGAUAGAAGCGCAGCACUCGAUUCUGCAGUUUAUCAACUGGGUGGUGUAAGGCCGUUCCUGCUUCUCUUUUCAAAUUCAAUGACACCGAUUUCCUCGACAUCAGUCCAAAUUGAAUCUCUUUUCGUUCUGCUUUCAGCGAUUCGCUUGAACAACUCCUUCGCCAGGGACUUCCAUCAAUUGAAAGGCCAUCUGAUGGUCAAACAAGUCAUUCAAGCUGGAAACCCAUACCCUGAUCUUUUGAGAACUCUUGUAGGAUUCGCCUGCCAUGGGCGUAUUUUUGAUGAUAACGGAAAUAUUCUCCAAGAUACGAGCGCAGUCAUCACUGAUACAUCGAUGCUGAACCAUCUUAUUCUCGAUUGCAACUUGUGGUGCGUUGAUCCGAAGGCUUGGGCGCUGCAGUUUGAAGUUCUAAAAGCACUCGUGCACGACAAUCACAAAUACCGAGCUUUCAACGUCAAGACACUUGUCCAAGCUGGCGCUGUGUUGAAACUUCUCGAAACCCUCCAAAUCUCUCUCUCAGAACGACCAAAAAUGGAGAUGCCACUCUUCGUUGGAAAUAUGAUGGUCGAUCUGAUACGAGCUUUAAUAGGAUAUCCCCCCGAUACGCAAAUAAUCGCAAAAGUCUUUGAUUUCUGCUGCUCAGUACACCCGCCUUCAGAAGCUUAUGUGACAAAUACGCGAAAGAAAUUCUACUUCUAUCCUCGAUUUGAAAGUGCUCAUGGAUCUCAAUCUAUGCAAACGAAGUUGGAGAGCUAUCUUCUGAAUGAUGGAAAGAGACCUUCCCCAUUUCGCUCCCGUCAUCUGAAGAAAGAGCUCUUUCAUGUAGAUAUUCUUGACGGUACGCCAUCUGACGAUUUUCUCGAGCAUUCCAAUCAUUCACCAGUUGAGGGCCAGUCGCCACAGCCUAUUAAUUACUCUGCUAAAUCGAGUGACAAUGAUGACUCAGUUGAUCUCGGAGAAUGUCGAGGUGCAACAAAUAGCGUGUUGAAUGAAUGGGAUGUUCUUAGAAGAACGAAUAGUGAUGCUUCAGCUGGGUAUGUUCUUACCGAUGGAACUGCAAAUUUAGUGAACGGACUCCUGGAAGUUUUGCGGCAUGCAGUUGUGCUUCUCCCAGAUACACAAAUAAAAACAGUUCUCAACGAUGUCGUCAUCAACUGGGAAACGCUUGUUGUUCUUGCCAAUUCCAACGACGAUUCUAUCCGAUGCGCUUCUCUACGAUUGUUUCAUGAUUAUCUACAGCGCGCCUCGGUCGAAAUCAGACACCAAAUUGUUCGAGGCAAAGCUUUCAUGUUAUUUGCAAACCAGCUUUAUCAGCAUCAAUCAACUGCAGAACUCGUCGAAAGCGCACUUUUGCUUAUUUCAAGCCGUGCUGAACCUCUCCUCGAAGCUACUAGUGGAUCAGUUCGCGAGCUUGAUCCAACUGCUUUGCCUGCCGUCGCUCCGCUGAUCGCCCUUCUUGAGAAUGCAGUCGGUGACGAUUUCGUUUUGGAUCUUGUUUGCAUGAAUGUUCGAAAUCUAUUUGAGGCUCAUGACGAGCUUGGAGAUACAAUGAUGGAUAGAGGUUUGAGCAUCGUUCUUUGCAACGCGAUUGCGAAGCAAGUCUCAAUGAAGGAGCCAGUUUCGCCAUCUUUGCUCGGCUUGCUCCAUUCUGUUACAAUUCGCUGUGCCACGACGAACACGGAACAUUUCCGAAUCAUGUCUGACAUUAUCGAGUCCCUCGCACAUCUUGAGCUAAAAGAGAUUGAGCUCGACGAAGAUACCGUCGAUUUCAUCGAUGAUGAAAAACACAAUGAUCUGUCGAGUACGUCAGAUACUUGUGAGGCGUGUUCGCGUGUAACUGAAAUAAGAAGGGUGCUAUUUUCAGUUUACUUGGUUGCUAUCGAAAGUUUGAUGAAAAAUACGGAUCUCGGCCUCACUGAAUUACAGAGUGAGGAGAUCCUUGCGGCGGAUAUGUUUGCCUCGUCCGAGAAAAUGCCGAGCUCGAACAUGUCCACGCCGAAAAAACAGAAUCUCAACAUAUCGACUCAUAACUCCCCAACCAAACUGAAAAUUUCUGAAAUUGAUUUGAUAACCCGUGUUGGUGUUCUCUUCAAAAGCGCUACAUCGAAGAUUCUUUGUCAAGGCCCAUCGCGCUGUCGCCAUCACAAUGACUUGCUCUCUAAUGAGCUUAUUUCAAAAUACUCCCAACGAUCUGGAAUGGUACCCUCAACUCCUGCAAAACCUGAUAAUGUUGACAACGAUAGUGCAUUUGCCAUUCGCAUAUUUGAUAUCCUUCUCUACUGGUCCUCAGAAGCAUCCAAAUUUGAUACGAAAGUUCCAUGGAUUACAAAAUAUCAUCAUGCGGAGACGUCCCUCAACAAGCUUGCUCGAAAUUACUCAAGAAAGUCCAAGCUUGCACGAAGAUUGAUGCUCAAACUGCCACUUUCAGAGCAGUUUGUCUCCUUGAUCAAUUUUAUGCUUUCACCACAGGGAGGUAAAGCCCGCUUAGUACCUCUGAAAAUCGUUAAAGAGCCCGAGCGAAAGAACAUUCUUCUUUUUAUUUUCAAUGGAGCUGAGGCUGAGGCGGAGCAAGUCCAGCUCUAUUUGCAUUAUCUAUUUUUCUAUCACAGCGCGAAUAUGGAACAGAACGACAUUGACGCUUUGAACCAACUUGUUGUCCUUAUGAGCCAACUCGGUUACGAUCCGCCAUCAAACGGUCCUUCUGAGAUCAAAGUUUCAGAAGCAAAACAGCGAAUGUAUGAAAAGAAGCGCGCCAAAUUACGAACAGCGUGGCUCAAGCAAGGGGACGAGCAAUUCCGACAAAUUGUUGAGAGAGCGUUCAAUUACUCCGAUCACAUCGCAACAUCGUCCAGUGAAGUGACUCAAGUUGUUGUUAAUCGACAAAAUAUAUUACGACGAAGAUUGAUAUCCCUUGUAAAGGCGAUGGCUGCCAACGAUGUUAAAUCAAGAGAUGUCUGGAGAAAGAUCAUUUCUCAGCUCAAUCACGAAAGAGCUGUUUGGCACAACGUCUCUCAGACUGGAAUGGUUUGGCAGCUUUCCCCAUCCGAAGGUCCUUAUGGCGAAAGACGACGCUUAGAAAGAGCAAACCCAAGAAUAAAGUCAAAAUUCGUAAGAAGUAUAUCCACGGAGAUCUAUGAUGCUCUGAAUGAACCGGACUCGAUGAAAUCGCUUCCAAUGAUGAAUUUCCUGAAAGAAGACCCCGCUGAAGACAACAAAGCUGUCAUCGAGUGGCUCCAUAUCCACGAACAAAUCACAAAUACUGAAAAAUGUCGUAAAAUCACGCCCGAGCACGAAGCAAACGGGGAGCUUUUGCUUUCGCCGACUAAAAUGUUCUAUGUUGGAGACGAGCCUCUAUCGAGUUGCUUUGUAGCUAGAGGAUUGAUCGACGAAAGUGGUUUUUGCAAACACUGGGAAAUUUCGUCCGUAAAAAGACUAAAUCGACGAUGGUUCGGGUUGAUCGACUGUGCUCUCGAAAUUGCAUUCAACGAUGGGCGCACCGAAAUGUUCGCAUUCUCAACCUUCGACAUUCGCGAAAACGUUUAUACAACACUGUCAAAACUCUCGCCACCGGAAGCACCGGGAAGCUCGCUCCAAGAUAUGACAAAGCGCUACCACUUUUUGUCAGAAGAGUUCAAACGAAACCCAGAAGCUACCGCUCCUUAUCACUACGGCUCGCACUACUCUAACUCCGGAACAGUUCUUCAUUUUCUUCUUCGACUGCCGCCGUUUACCAAGAUGUUUCUCGAGUAUCAAGACCAAAGUUUCGACCUUCCAGACAGAACAUUUCAUUCUAUCGCAACCGCAUGGAAACUCGCAAGCAAUGACUCAGCAACGGACGUAAAAGAGCUUGUCCCGGAGUUCUUUUUCCUCCCAGAGUUUCUGCUUAACAAUGAAAACUUCAAUUUCGGAAUAAGGCAAAAUGGAAAAAGAGUACAUCACGUGACGUUACCGCCUUGGUGCAAUAAUGAUGCGCGCAUGUUCAUAAGUAUUCAUAGACAGGCACUCGAGUCUGCUCAUGUAAGCAGCCAGCUACAUCACUGGAUCGAUUUAGUUUUCGGACACAAACAGACAGGCUCCGAAGCGAUCAAGGCCUGCAACGUCUUUCAUCCAAUGACGUACUUCGGUGUCGAUGUUGCAUCUGAAACCGAUCCCGUCAAGCGAACUGCGUUGGAGACGAUGAUCAAGACGUAUGGUCAGACCCCGAAGCAGCUCUUUACCUCACCACAUCCUCAUCGCACAAAAGCAGAUAUUGAGUCGCUCAAGAAACACGAGCGCGCUAAAGACCUUGAAGAUGGUAUUUUAGCUAACGUUAGUGGAUUGAAGUGGGGUAACUGGUGUGGAAGCCCAACGCUUACCCCUCCUAUCAUGAUUUUGAAGAAAGCAUUCAAUUCAUCGGCGGCUGUUCACGUCACUGCCUUCAGCAAGACAGACUGUGCGGUUCUCCCACCAAACACACGACUCGUUGGGAAUUCCUUGCUAAGCUUUGAUCACGAUGAUCGCAUUCUACGACUGAAAACAGGGCGAACAAAGAUAAAUCUUCUAAAGCCAGAAGUCGAUGACCAAAUCGUCUGUGCCGAGCCCGUUUCAAAGUCUCAGUUUAUCAUCGGUUUCGCGACCGGAAUCAUACAAAUUUGGAACCUUGAAACAUCAAAAACCAGACCGAGUCUUCUUGACGGGAGUUUUCUUAUUGGCCAUUCUGAUCGAAUUCACGCUUUUGCUGUGUGCCCUGAGUUCUCUAUCAUUGUAUCUGCAUCGGAAGAUGGCUCGGCAAUUAUUUGGGAUCUCAAUUCGCGAACCUAUAUUCGAUCGCUUCAAGGUCAUCCUGCCGGAGUAAACUGUGUUGCGACGGCUAACCAGACUGGUGAAAUCGUCACAGUUUGUUCAAAAGACGACGAGCGACAUUCACAACUUCGAUUGUGGACGAUAAAUGGUCAACUUGUUGCUGCUUGUGAUGCUCAAUCGCCCGUUCUUUGUACCAAAUGGACUAAUGCUGUUGAAGGGCGCGCUUGCAAUGCAGUCAUCACUGGCCACGUGGACGGCUCCAUUCAUUUUUGGUCUAGCAUUGAUCUUUCGCAUGUUCGGUCUUUGUCAACCACCGCCGCUAGCUGCAUUUCGAUUGCAUUAUCUGACUCUGGAGGAGUCCUCUUUACUCUCGGAUCUGAUGGGCUUCUUUCAGUCUGGGCGCAAUCAGAGAAUCAGCGCGAGACAAGAAAGCCGCUAGUGCAAUUAUGCAACGAAACACCUUUUUGGACAAGCGAUAGCAAGACGCUAAAAUUUGAGCAGGAAAUCAACUUUGAAGAAGAAGAGCAUAUCUUAUUCAUUUUGAUCGAGUUUUCUGAAAGCUACGCAGUUCCUACUCUUGCCUUCUCAUUGUCAACUCUUGAAGGUGCCCGAGUUGCUCCUGAGAAAUGCUGGGAAAAGAUUUUUGACGAUAAAAGCUCGUUCGUUGGGAAUAUUUCUGUAGAAGAUUGCAAAUACCAAGCAAAGCCUCUUCGUAUUUAUAAACUUCACCCUUGCGCUACUCCGAAAGUGAUGGAAGGACUUACAAACGCUGAGAAUCUGACGAAAUCUAUUGUGAAUAUUUUAACGACUCCUUUCCACUCAUACCACAAUCAAAUUGUUCUUUCCUAA